GCAGCCACACGGUUCGUAUUUCCACAGGAGACUCACCGUCAGUCCCAGUCUAGCGUUUUGUCUGCAUAAACAAGCGGAUCCGGAUUCGAGCUUCCGAGCAGCAGAUUGUAAAUCAGAUCAGAUCCACAGAACCCGGUUUGUUCUUCACCCACGUCACGUCUCGAACAGCUCCCAGGAUACAAGUUGUUGACGGCAGCGGAGCCGCAGAAGCUGGAAGAUGGGUUCCGUUCCAGCCGUGUCGGUCCUGGUUCUGGGCAUUGUGGUUCCGGCGCUGGCCGGCUACAUAGAGGCACUAGCAGCCAAUGCUGGCACGGGGUUUGCAGUGGCUGAGCCUCAGGUGGCGAUGUUCUGUGGAAAACUCAACAUGCACGUCAACAUUCAGACCGGCCGCUGGGAACCUGAUCCAUCUGGAACUAAGAGCUGCAUAGGAACCAAAGAGGGGGUGCUGCAGUACUGCCAAGAGAUGUAUCCUGAGCUUCAAAUCACAAAUGUGGUGGAAGCCAACCAGCCCAUUCGGAUCGAGAACUGGUGCAAGAAGGAGAAGAAGGUGUGCAAAGGCCACGCCCAUAUCGUGGUGCCUUACAAAUGCCUAGUGGGCGAGUUUGUGAGUGAUGUGCUACUGGUUCCAGAGAAGUGCAAGUUCUUCCACAAGGAGCGUAUGGACAUGUGCAUCAGCCAUCAGCAGUGGCAUGGUGUGGCCAAAGAGGCCUGUGCAAAGAGCUCCAUGGUGCUGCACACAUACGGCAUGCUGCUGCCUUGCGGCAUUGACAAGUUCCGCGGCACUGAGUACGUUUGCUGCCCCUCCUCUCGCACCGGGGAGUCUGCCCCUCCCACCCUGCCCUCCCAGGAGGAUGACCAAGAGGAGGACAAGGAGGAUGAGGAGACCUAUGACCCUGACAUGGAGGACAUGAGUGAGACGCCUGCUGAGGAGCAGCCGACACACAAGGAGGAGCCGGAGCCAUUAGAUGAGGACAAAGGUGAGGAGGAGGACGAGGAGGAGUACCACUACGUCUACGAAGACGAGGACGCUGAUAAGGAGGACGACGAGGAGAAAAAAGAGAGCAGCAAGACGUCAGAGAACCAAGAUGAAGACAAGAUUCUGCAGGAAGUGAAAGCGGUGUGCACCCUGGAGGCUGAGACCGGCCCCUGCCGAGCCUCUAUGCCCCGCUGGCACUUCGACGUCAACCAGAGGAAGUGCGUGCGCUUCAUAUACGGGGGCUGUGCCGGCAACCGCAACAAUUUCGACUCUGAGGAGUACUGCAUGGCCGUGUGCAAGCGUCUGACCACGCCCCCCACUCCUCAGCCCACCGAUGAUGUGGACAUCUAUUUUGAGACACCAGCUGAUGACAAGGAACACAGUCGCUUCCAGAGGGCCAAGGAGCAGCUGGAGAUCAGGCAUCAUAACCGCAUGGAGAGGGUCAGAAAGGAGUGGGAAGAGGCUGAACGCCAGGCCAAGAACCUACCCAAGGCUGAGAGACAGACGCUAAUCCAGCAUUUCCAGGCCAUGGUGGAAUCCCUGGAGGAGGAGGCAGCCAGUGAGAAGCAGCAGCUGGUGGAGACUCAUCUUGCCCGCGUGGAGGCCAUGUUGAAUGACCGCCGACGUCUGGCCCUGGAAAACUACCUUGCUGCCCUGCAGGCCGACCCCCCCAGGCCUCAUCGCAUCCUGCAAGCCCUGAGGAGGUAUGUCCGUGCUGAGAACAAAGACCGCCAGCACACCAUCCGCCACUACCAGCAUGUGUUGGCUGUGGAUCCUGAGAAGGCUGCUCAGAUGAAGUCCCAGGUGAUGACGCACCUGCAUGUGAUUGAGGAGCGGAUGAAUCAGAGCCUGUCGCUGCUCUACAAAGUCCCAUAUGUUGCGGAGGAGAUCCAGGAUGAAAUUGACGAGCUCCUCCAGGAGCAGAAAGCAGACAUGGACCAGUUCCUGUCCUCCAUCUCCGAGUCCCAGCCGGAUGUCACCGUGUCAUCUGAGGAAAGUGUGGAAGUCCUCGCCUCCGAGAGCAAACCCUAUCAGCCCUUCCAGGUCACGUCUUUGGGAUCGCGUUCAGAGCCAGAAGGCGAUUUGUCAGAGUCCCCACGUGCCUUCAAGAAAGGCUCUGCCAUCUCGGGGUUGGACGGGCUGAUCGGCGCAGAGGAGCGAACCAUCAACAGCAAACCCAAGAUCAACGACAACAUGGUGAUUGAUGAGUCUCUGGAUGUUAAAGAAGUGGUUUACAGUGCAGAGAGAGUCAGCGUUAUGCAUGAUGAUGAGCUGGAGUCCUACCGGCCUCUGGGAGAGGACUUCAGCUUCGGUAGCAGUGCACUGAUUGGCUUACUGGUGAUCGCGGUGGCCAUAGCGACCGUGAUUGUGAUCAGCCUGGUGCUUCUGAGGAAGAGACAAUAUGGGACCAUCAGCCAUGGUAUUGUGGAGGUUGACCCCAUGCUAACCCCAGAGGAACGCCAUCUCAACAAGAUGCAGAACCACGGCUAUGAAAACCCCACCUACAAAUACCUGGAGCAGAUGCAGAUCUAACAGCAGCCAACAGGAGGCGCUGUGGAGUCUGAGCUAGGGGGAUCAUACUACUGACCAAUAACUUAAUGCUAUUUGUUUGCAUACAUCCAAACUCCAUUUAUUGUUUAGUUCCAAUCAAUCCUGAGGUAAUACUACUAUGUGUACUACUGCUAUGGUCGUACUAUAGAGCGCUUUUUGAUCACGUUUCCUUUGAAAGGGUCACACAUCUGCCACUUUGCAUUAAAGAAAAUGUGAUUCAACAGUUUCCUCUGUAAUUAUCAACAGACCUAUUUCAGAUUAAGAUGUAUAACUUUUUCCAGGUGUUUCCUUUAUUUUUUGGAAGUAAAAGUCAAAUUGAG